UCAUUAUACUUCAAUCAUUAUCGGCUAUCAAAUAACAUUAGAUCUGAUAUCCCUCUAUCUGACAUCGGAGUCAAAGAAAGUUUUGUAAUUUCUAUAUAUUCUCAGUCGUACGGCAUCUAUCAUGGGCCACCUUUGGACUAUGCUUCCUUCAAUAACGCUAUUUACUGUAUUCACUGUAGUAGCUAUCCUUGUCUACUACUAUUUCUUCAAAUUUGUCGGSAGAAAUCUACCCCCAGGACCUAUUCCUCUGCCUCUAAUAGGGAAUUUACACAUCUUGGGACAAGAUCUACAAAACAGUCUAAAAGAUCUCGCUGAUAAAUAUGGCAAAGUGUUUCGUCUUUACAUUGGAGAAAAGCUCGUGGUCGUGCUAAGUGGGGACGCCAUCAGAGAGGCAUUGGUUAGGAAGCCCUCAGAUUUCGCCGGGCGACCUUCGAUGUAUUUUUACAAAAUUGCCCUCAGAGAUGACCCUCCUUUGGUGUUGAUUGACUAUGGUGACCAUUGGAAGAUUCACCGACGUCUUGCACAUAAGACAAUAAAGGUAUAUGGUACGAAUCGCUACGAAAUGAUCAUUCAACAAGAAAUCACUGAGCUGUGUACGAGGCUUCAGCUCAAGGAAAGUCUGGGUAAACCUGCACGCAUUAAAAUUGAAAUAGGCCUAGCUAUCAUGAAUGUCAUUUGCAACCAGAUAUUCGGGUCAAGAUUUGACGUCGGGGACCCAGAAUUUUUAGAGAUGUUUCAAYUACAGGCUGAGCUUUUUCGUCUUAGUACUGUUGCAGCUCGCGGAUUGGUCGAUUUGUUUCCUUUCCUCAGGUUCGUUUUGCCUGUUAGUGGUGACGUCAGACAACUACAGAUCACGAAUGAUCGUUGGCGUGAGAUUCUCUGCAAGAAAUACCGCGAACAUCAGCAAACAUUUGACAAGGAUAAUCUGCGUGAUUAUACUGAUGUUAUUCUCAAUGCGAGGCGCGAAGCCGAAGAGGAAAACUCGAAAGAGCUCGAGUACUUGCAGGAUAAGCACCUCAUUUCGUCUAUAACGACACUUUUUAUCGCUGGGUCUGAGACUGCAGCGACUACWCUAACCUGGGCUGUGCUAUAYCUUCUGCAUUUUCCUGACAUACAGCGAAAGAUCCAUGCGGAGAUUGAUACAGUUAUUGGUAGGAGAGGACCCGUGAGGCUUGACACGAGGAAAAGCCUUCCUUAUCUAGAGGCGUUUAUUUGUGAGACAAUGCGUUAUACAUCYAUAUUGCCUCUGUCAGUUCCCCAUAUGACAACCGUAAAUACGACAAUUGGUGGGUACGAUAUACCGAAAGGAACUACCGUGAUAGUCAACAUAUGGGCCCUUCACCGCGACCCCUCAUUCUGGAAGGACCCCGAAAGAUUUCAUCCAGAGAGGUUCCUGGAUGCCGAUGGAACGUUUGUGUUUCCUGAUGGAGGUUAUUUCUUGCCAUUUGGUGCAGGUCCUCGCGCGUGUAUGGGAGAGGUCCUCGCACGGUGUGAGUUGUUCUUAUUCUUGGCAAACCUUUUGCAGAAGUUUACGUUUGAAAAUCCUGCAGGCGUUGCUSUGCCUCCUCUGAAGCACUUACCCGGGGGAGCUGUGCUUCAACCUGCCAUCGAGCAAGUUAUGGUUAAGACGAGACCAGUUAAGGGAUACACUUCUACUGCAGUAUGAUACGCCAAUGAGGAA